AUGCUGAAAACAAAUACUGCUAUAUACCAAAAGAUUGCUGAAAAAAGAGCAAACUUGGAACGAUUUAGGGAAUUUAAAGAAUUGACAGAUGAUUUGGUUUUACAACUAGAGUCUAUAGGUGACAAAUUAGAGACGAUGAAUGGAGGAACUGCCAGUGUAGCAUUAAUUUUAGCAAACUGGAAGAGUGUGGUACAAUCUAUUUCAUUAGCAUCUCUAGCUUUAAUGAAAGAGUCUAAUGAUAAUAACAAAGAGGCUUUCCCUGAACCAUUAGUAAGAGUGCGUGUUGGACAAUCAAAUGAAGAAAAUCAAGACGAAGAAGAAGCAGAUGAAGAAGAAGGUGUUAGAGAUAGUGAAGAAGUUGAAGAAUCCACGGAAUAA